AUGGAGGCCUUCGUGGACUUCACCAACCGCAGCCAGGGCCGCGACCAGCUCUUCCGAGCCACGCAGUACUCGUGCAUGUUGCUCGGCUACGUGCUGGAGCGCAAGGCUGACGCGGGGAAGCUGGUGGCGAAGCUCAGGCAGCUGGAGUCCGGCAUGAGCUCCGGCCGUAAGAUGUUCAGACUGGGCAACAUGGUGCACGCCAUGGUGGCAGCCAGGAGGACCGUGCGGCUGCCAGAUGUGGUUCCUCGCUUCUGCCUUACCACUUCCAACGUGACCCGGGCCCUGUACUUUGUCUGUGACGGGGUCUUGUGGCUGAAGAGUGUUGGUCUCCAGCCUGACAUCGAUAAGCAGAAGUGGCACAACUGGGCUACCAAGUGUUACUACUUUUCCCUGCUGAUGAAUCUCGCCAGAGACUGGUAUGAGAUCUACUGGAGGUUGGAGGAAGCGGUGUUGAAAAAAACGAUGAAACAAAAUCCUUCCUGGGACAAAGAAGAUCAGGAACUCAGCUGCUUGAAAUCUGACAGCUUGUCAUCUUUUCUGCUCCUGCUGGUUCAGAUAUUGAAAAGACAUCCUCCUUUGCUGCUAGAUAUGGUGAAGAAUCUGUGUGAUCUCUCUGGUCCCUUGGAUACACUAGGAAUCUACAAGACCAAUUCAGGAGUGGUUGGUUUCUGUGGCCUCAUCUCCUCUCUGGUGGGGAUCCUCACGCUAGCAAGCCCACACCUGAAGCUGAAACAGUGACAUAAAAGGGGCCACGUAGUGUGCAAUGAGCCAAUAACUUUGAUUCUCUGUCAGGUUUUAUUCCCAUAUAGCACUUUAAAAAUGAAGAUAUCUCACAGUAAUCUCAAGAGGAGGUUUGCCCUCCGAGUAAGUGAAUUCUGCUCUGUAUCUUUGCAGAUGAGUUGGGUACUAUGACACACUCUCCAAUGGAGUGGAAUUGGAAGAAGACAGAAUAAUAUUUCACAAACAGAAACAGGAACCUGGCCACUAGAGGAACAUAGCUGCUAGAUAAGGAAAUAUUAAUGUUCUCAUAUUUUAAUGUAGGGUUAUGAAAUAGCACUGAAAACUAGUAGGUUUGUGACUCAUAACUAAUCAUGUUUACACCGGAAAGGUAGAAUUCACCAAUCAAAGAUUCCUACAAUCAAAUUUCUUAACGUGCUCAGGCAAGUUAGAGACUGUGAUUAAAAUGUCUUAAAUAAUAUGUGAGUACACUGAUUUGGACUGAGAGAUUCUGUCAUCUAUAGGCAGUGGUUUGAAUCCAGUGUGAUGGGAACCAAAAAAAGUGACAUUGUUUAACCUUCCAGUGAUCUCUGUGUGACACCCAUUGGUGGUACUGGAUCCAUAGUCCAGUGAGGACCACUUUGUGCCUUAAGAAACCAGCACCUUCUUCUUUUCCUUUGAAAAUGUGGACUAAGGACUCUGAUUCCUGCAGCAGGCCAUGAGUGAUGGCAUUGCUGAAGGAUGAUGUAUGGGAUAAACUUGUCUCAAUUUUGAUAAUAUUAUGAUUUGCAGGGAAGUGGGUUUCCAAAGUUGUGAAUCUGGAASCCCUCACUAGCACUGAAUUUCCCAUUAUACACACAGCCUAACUUCCAAGCCCCAGUGAUUCCAAGUGCAGCUAAUUUCCGUUAAUCACACUGUGGUAAGUAAUGUGGCUUGUUCUAAUUUUACUUGAGAAAUUCCAGUCUAAUAAGGAGCUUUGGAA